AUGUCAGCCUGGGAUCCUUCACGCCUCUAUUCAUCUGCGCUUUCAUAUAUACGCCAACACCCAAUUCUCUUUACAUCUGCUGUUGCUGUCAUUCCCCUAGCAGCUCUAAUUAUGCCUUCAUAUCGCGGCUAUAUCGACCUUGGCCCCGGUGGCCUCCCGCAUAAUGCCUUUGGCUGGCUUCUUCAAGAAACUCUACGCCCACUUAGUCUGAGCAGCACCAUUGAUCUGGGCGUCUUUCAAAAGCCUGGAGUUUCAGCUCCUUACGAACCACAUGGCAACUCACGAUUUCUCCAAGAACCGCUCCCGCAACGUCGAGGCAACCGGCCAACCAUCCCCAAUUACGUGGCGCCUCAGAGGCAGACUACAGAAACAGGCGAUGCGUCUAUAGUCACACGGAUGAACAACCAUCUAAGAGAAUUAUCCAGCCGCCACCCAGAGAAGCUCGCUGUGAAGGCGUCUGGCUUGGAGGCCAAAGAAAAUCCCGCAUUAUUCUUGAUUAGCAGCCCACUGCCAAAAUACCUGGAGAAAAGUACAAAGGGCGAAAUUGUUCACAUACAUGGAGAAGCAAGUUCUCACAUGGUUCUCAGCCUAACUGACGCCAAGGAAGCAAUGGCAAAGGGAUGGGCCGAGUUGCAUCCACUAAGUGGCGUGAUGGGUCUCAUUCCAUUGCCGUAUGUCAUGAUUUAUGCGCCACGGGAUGAGGACGAGUUUGGCCAGUGGGCAAGAUUCGUGGACGCAGCUGUAGCAUUUACUUCUGCGAGUCAGCAAUAG